UCUUGAUCUUUCUCCUACACGCCUACCAAGAAACCCUUUCUUCUUCUACCAGUAAAACAUUGUUCUUCGGAGAUCUUCAUCGGCAUCAGUCGAAAGCUGAAAUGGUUUAUGGAUUUGCUGCGUGUAUACGUGACAACGUCCGGAAAUCGUUGACACUUCCGGCAUUGUAUGGUGACUGGAUUAAAAAAUUUGACUACCCAGAAAAGGAAGCUUGUAUCCGCACUUUAGAUGGUAGGAUUUUUAAAGUAAAAAUUAUUAAGCUCGCGUACAACUACUAUCUUUAUAACGGUUGGUUUGAUAUGGUAACUUCUUUGAAGCUACCAUCCAAUUCCUGGUUGGUUUUUCAAUUUGAAGAAGCUUUAUCUUCUUUUCGCCUCAUCUACUUUUAUCAAGAUAUAUCUCUUGCGCCGUGUGAUUUUUUCCACUACCAACCUGGACAUCUAAAGGACAGAGAUAAUUGCAUGUAUGUGGAUAGGAUGUUUGUUCAUCACAAAAUGUUCAAUACUAUUCCGAGAUAUCCUGCUGUGGUACGAUCGUCAGGUAAUCGUAAAUGGUUGGUCCGUAUGGAGGUUUUUGACGAUGAAGUUUAUAUUACAACUGGUUGGAGUCGCAUAAAAAAGGAGAUGUCUAUUACUGAUCAUCAUUUGGUUGUAAUUGAGAUGGUUGAUUUGAGGAACUAUGAUUUGAGUGUUUUCUGUUGCAAGCCUACCAUAUUAACUCUACCACCAGAACUACAUGAUACAAAAAUAGAACCUAUCGAUGAGUUGAUUGAAGUUUCUGAUGAUGAUUUGCCCAAACCCAUUCCUGUAGUUGGUGGUCAAGAAAAUAUGGAUGACGAAGUACCGGUUGUAUUUCGUGUCGACAAUCAUUACCGUCUGAAAAAGAAGUGGGCACAAGCCCAUGGUUUGGAUCGUAAGAUGGAAUUGAUUAUACAGGACUCCGCUGGUUUGACUUGGAACGUAUCCAUUGGUGUCGAGCACUCUCAAGGAUGUCCGAGGUACAACGUUUCUGGCAUGAAUCAUUUCGUUCGAGACAAACAGUUGGGAUGGGAUGAAGAGUUUAAUAUGGUUUAUGUCAAGAGUAAAGGUAUGUUGAUUUACCGUUGAGGUGUUGAAGUUACAUGGUAUGUGUUAGUGGUUAAAUUCCGUAUAACGCUAUUUUGGUGAUUACAAAACAAUGGAUUUAUGUUUUUGGCUU